AUGGCCCGUGCUGCCGCUACGGUGGUUGUCCCCAGGUUCUUAGGAUAUAAUAAGCAACUUCAACACAAUACACGUACAGGUUCGGCAAACUGCGCCGGAACACACGAAUGUUCGUGCUUCCUACUGGUAUUUAGCUCUAACUCAUUGUCUUGCAAUGCUCCGUUCGUCAGCAAAGACUUCUACGUAUCCACCUCGCCCUCCGUCACGCUGCUUAACACAUUGUCCUUGGCGCCCACGCGAAGCGUUCUCUCAGUCUCGACUCCGGCCACAGCGUCCGAAGCGUCGACUGCCACACACCGCGCCGUCCAAGACCCAAUCCGCUGUAUCACGCACGCCUGUGCGUCCUCAACCACUGAUGAGGAAGUGCCUCGUCCUCCCCACUACCAAUUUGAAAGUGAGCGCCUUCACCUUCGGCCACGGUGCACAACCCCUCACUCCUUACACAGUCCCACCACGAAUGCCGCCGCACCCGCUGGUAACUACCACUUUCAACACAAAGAUCGCAUCUCUGCGGCUCCGGCACCCUCCACACAAUGGCUAGAUGGAGGUCUCGCUAUUCUCGCGGACUGCCUCCAGAAGGUCUGCUCACUACAGGGUCAACGGGCUACAUCCUACAAGCAAGGGCAAGAGGAGCAGACGUCGGCGUUCCACGUCUAG